AUGACAAAUUUUUUUAGACCGAUUCUUCGAUUUUCAGACCUUCUUGAACAAGAAGACGACGAAAAACCUGAAAAAUCAGUGAAAAUUAUGAGAAGACAACAACAAAGAUCCAUAAACCCAAAUGAUCCUGAUAAUAAUAAUUGUGAAGCGGGAGAACGUAAAAUUCUAUCCAUUGAAGAAAGAGAGGCAGCCUAUUUAAAAGCUAGAGCAAGAAUAUUUAAAGAUCUCGAUCAACCAAAUGUUAUGAACGGUCAACUGGAAGAAAAUAAUGAAGAUUCAAUAUAA